GCAUUACGAGCAGGCACCGCUGCAAAGGGACGAAGGAGAGACGUGGAAUUCCAUGGAGUCGCACAAGAUCCAGGGCGAGAUCAAAGGCAAAGACCGCCUGAUGCGCACGGUGAGAAGGCCGGAAGACGUGGCGACCCCUGACAGCGAAGCGAAGGGGCGCACCCACCCUCUUUACUUCGACAAAGAGGAGUACUAUCCAGGCAGAAGCUUGAUUGACGCAGUCAGCGAGGAGCCAGACAAUGACUUUCAAGUGCGGCCUGCGCACCUGCCUGAUUUCUACAACCCUCCGCCGCUGGAUGCAGAUGCCAUCUCCCGUGUGCAGCGCAUCCGGCAGGUGGUGCGCCAGCGCUAUGCCGGCAGGCCGCGCCUGAUGAAUGUUUUCCGUGCCUGCUCCAUGCAGAAGCCCGGCUACGUGUUUCCUCGG